GUUCUAGCUGUAGACAUGCUCUUAUCCCAGUUGUAGUAGCGAGUAGUACUUGUGUUUUGCAGGCAGUUGAGUUGAUUGCCAUAGGAAGUUGCUCAAAAAUCAACAAAAACAUCACCAAGUACAUUGGCCAAGACUUUGUGACAGUUUAGUUGGGAGACUAUGGAGUCAUAUGCCACACAUGCUUUUUCUUGCUUUUGUAAUUUUGGUUAAAUUAGUCCAAACACAACAAAACCUUUUCUCUGACUUAUCCCUCGCCACUGUCCCCCCCCACUCUCUCUUCUCACCUUUGCUUUCCCAUAAUUAAACAUCAGUACCCACCAUCUCUCCAUCUCUCUCUCUCUCUCUCUCUCUCUCUCUCUCUCUCCAUUUCAUUUUCCAUUAUCAUUUCUCUACUUGUGUUGCAAAAACAAGGAAACCCACGAGCCUGCUUUGUCUUGUGAUGAUCAUCAACCAAUCAUUCAGGGCAAAGCACUAGUUAGAUAGCAAGGUAGCCAGAUGUUUCUAAUUUCUAAGCAGUAUCCUCACUCGUGAUUUCCCGAAGCUAGCUUGGUAGCAGCAGUUGGUUCUACUUGCUAUUCAGGAUGGUUGAAAACAUCUAGUUUCCAGAGUCUGAAUCUAACUACCGCUUGGAAACUAUACAUGUGAAGUGUUUGCUAGAAGUAAUAUCUUCAAAGAUGAAACCUAUUAUUGAUCUUGAAGUUGAGGCAUCAUCAGAAAAUGUUUCUGAUGUUAGCAGCCAAGUGGCUUCCAACUUAUCAAACCAAGAAACUUCUGCAGGUCCCUCCAAUGAAAGCCUCACUAACUCUUCUUAUCUCAAAAAUGCCAUAGCAACUCAAUCCGGUUCAGAAACGGUUUCUCUUGACUUAAAACUUUGCUUCAAUGAUGAUGAGUUAGGGGGAAGGGACUCGAUGGGACUCUCAUUGUCAAGCACAAGCGAAAGUAGCAACGAUCCUGCAUCGCGCACUACAGCUGAAGCAAUACCACGAGUUUUUUCUUGCAAUUACUGUCAGCGCAAAUUCUUCAGCUCUCAGGCACUUGGUGGACACCAAAAUGCUCACAAGAGAGAAAGGACAUUAGCAAAGCGUGCAAUAAGAAUGGGUAUUUUCUCGGAAAGGUAUGCCAGCCUAGCAUCUUUGCCUCUGCAUGGAUCCUCAUUUCGAUCUCUGGGAAUCAAGGCACAUUCUUCAGUUCACCAAAGUUUUGCACAACCAGUAAGGCCACAAGACAUAAGUAGCAGUGCAAGAUUUGAUCAUGGAUACGUGGGUCUGCCAAUAUUUAUGGAGGAUGAAGAGGCAGAGUUGGUAUGGCCAGGUAGUUUUCGACAGGUAGCUGUGGCAGAUGACGCUCAUCAAAGUUUUGUACUUGCACGAAGCUCAAACAUGAAUUUUUUGGGGGCAACUCCAUCGGUGAACUCGGACGAUUCUGCCCCAGAUCUCACUCUAAAACUUUAAGACUUUCAGGACUUCGGUUGCAGUUUUCCUGUUCCGAUAUCAUCUCUUGUAUAACAAGCUGUGCAAUGGACCAUGGCUGAGCUUGUAUGUCAGUGUAUAAGAGCUUCUCGAGGAUUAUUUUGGAGAUUUUGUGUUUGUUAUAUCUAUGUGAUUGAUCUUCGCAAUUUUCUGUAAUUGCUAAUUAAUACCGAUUGUAGUUUGAUUA